CAUAUAUAUAUAUUAUUUCAUAAAACAUUAAUGCAUUAUGAAAAUCCAAUUACUCCACAUACCGCACGGCUAUCAGUGGCGACUCCAGAUAUGACGAACAUCAAGAGGAAAGAGAUUAUGAUCUCUAUAGCAAGAGAUUGCGCGUUAGACCCGACUGGCAGCGUGCCAAACCGGGUUGAAGUGGGCCCCAGAUACGUGGCCCACUGUGUAGACCAUCACCAUCACAAUCGAACCCCAAACGACACAAAUGCCCGGGAAUGUGAUGGUCCCUCCGUAGAUUUUGUUGAUGGCCACCGAGCCACAUCCCGCGAAUAUCACGAAAUAUGUUCCGAUUAA